AUGGGAAUUAGGAGAGCAGUCAACACGGUGGUUUUGAGACCAGUGGAUGGGCCGCCAGGCCACCGCCACCGGACCACCACCGGGCCACCGGACCACCACUGGGCCACCACCGGGCCACCGGACCACCACCGGUCCACCGGGCCACCACUGGGACACCACUGGGCCACCACCGGACCACCACCGGGCCACCACUGGACCACCACCGGGCCACCACUGGGCCACCACCGAGCCACCACUGGACCACCACUGGGCCACUACUGGGCCACCACCGGACCACCACCGGACCACCGGACCACCACCAGGCCACCCCUAGACCACCGGACCACCACCGGACCACCACCAGGCCACCACCGGACCACCACCGGACCAUCAGGCCACCACCGGACCACCGGACCACCAGGCCACCACCGGGCCACCGGACCACCGGGCCACCACCGGACCACCGGGUCACCACCGGACCACCGGACCACCACCAGGCCACCGACCACCGGACCACCGGGCCACCACCGGACCACCGGACCACCACCGGACCACCGGACCACCACCAGGCCACCACCGGACCACCGGGCCACCGGACCACCACGGACCACCAGGCCACCACCGGACCACCGGGUCACCACCGGACCACCGGACCACCACCGGACCACCGGACCACCACCAGGCCACCGGACCACCUCCGGACCACCGGGCCACCACCGGACCACCGGACCACCACCGGACCACCGGACCACCACCAGGCCACCACCGGACCACCAGGCCACCACCGGACCACCGGGCCACCACCGGACCACCGGGUCACCACCGGACCACCACCGGACCACCGGACCACCACCAGGCCACCGGAUCCCCGGGCCACCACUGGACCACCGGGUCACCACCGGACCACCGGACCACCACCGACCACCGGACCACCGGACCACCACCGGACCACCGGACCACCACCGGACCACCACCGGACCACCACCGGACCACCACCGGACCACCACCAGGCCACCGGACCACCGGGCCGGCUCGGAUUCAGACUCGCCAUGUGCUUGUUGA